AUUUAAUAAACCUGCAUGUGUCUGCGGCUCUUGUUUGUAGGGUACUACAAAAACAACCAGAAAGUCGCCAUCAAGACUUUGAAGGAAGGCACCAUGGAGCCAGAGGCAUUCCUACAGGAGGCUAAUCUGAUGAAACAGCUCCAGCAUGAGAGACUGGUGAAACUGCAUGCUGUAGUCACUAAUGAACCCAUCUAUAUUGUCACAGAAUACAUGGCUAAUGGAAGCCUGUUAGACUUUCUGAAGACAGAUGAUGGCCAUAAAUUAAAACUUCCCAAGCUGAUUGACAUGGCUGCACAAAUUUCAGAAGGAAUGGCUUUCAUAGAAAGGAAAAACUAUAUUCACAGAGACCUGCGUGCCGCUAAUAUUCUAGUCUCUGAUACCCUGCACUGUAAAAUUGCAGACUUUGGCCUUGCCAGGAUCAUAGAAUCUGAAUACACUGCACAAGAAGGUGCAAAGUUCCCUAUUAAAUGGACAGCCCCUGAGGCCAUAAACUUUGGUACUUUCACCAUCAAGUCAGACGUGUGGUCCUUUGGAGUUCUUUUGACAGAGAUUGUCACAUACGGCAGAGUGCCGUAUCCAGGCAUGACGAAUCCAGAGGUGAUCCGCAACCUUGACAGGGACUACAGGAUGCCGUGUCCAGAUGGAUGUCCAGAAGAGCUCUAUGACAUCAUGCUGAAGUGCUGGAAGGAAAGGCCAGAGGACAGACCAACCUUUGAUCACCUACAGGACAUACUCAAUGACUUUUUCAUUGCUACUGAGGGCCAGUACGAGAUGCAACCAUAACCUCAAUGCACAACCAAUAAAUGAACUGAAAAGAGGAUGUAUAAAAACAUAUGGAAUGAAAGGAUGGACUAAACUCCGGACCAAAAUAUGGAGUAUGAGGAAUAUACAAAA